CGCGGAUGAAUACUGUAUUCUGCGACCUUGUGGACGUGCUGACACCGUACUGUCACCGUACUGACUGGGACCACAACAGUGGGGCUGUCGGGUUCCCGUCUCUGCAGCCAGCCCAAGUCGUCACUGGGUACAGCGAGCACACUUCCAUCGUGCCACACCUCAUCUGGAACUACAGCACACCUCCAGUGUACGAAAUACUUGUUCCUAGAGACAAAGGAGAGGCAGUGUUUUCAGGAUAUGGUGCUGUCGUCCGCCCCCCUCCCACCCCAGCACCGGAUAACAACAGAAUCAAAGAUUGCGAUGGCAGACCCCCAGCCCCAACCUCCAGCAGAAAAAGCUGGGCCACAACAGAUGCUGUUUGGACAGAACCAACAGGAAACAGGGCUGAGGGGUGUUCAGUUUACACCACAGUACAUCAGGAGAGCUCAGCCAGGCAUGCAGUUCAGACUUCCACAGGCAGAUGGCAUGCAGGGUAGUGUGCAAUACAGACCUCAGCUUCAGUAUCAGGACCACUUUUCUUGCCAACAAUCUGCUCGGAAUGCAAUGAUGGCUUCCGGUCCACGAGUGCCUUUGAUGAGAAUACCUGGAGAUCCCAGCAUGCAGCAGAACUCACAUGGGGACAUUUCUCAAUGUGGACAACAGGUCUGGUCAAAUCCACUGCAGUCUAGAGUUCCUCAGAAUAGGAAAAGUGGCUGGAGCCAGGAGUGUAGGAGAUUAGCUCACACUGCAGUGUUUGGUGCAGCUGCCGCUAAAAAUGGUCCCUGCACGGGAACAUUCGGGACAUUUCCGGCACAUCAUCACAAACAGUACAAAUGUGCUGCUGCGGAGAGCAGGUGGGUUCACUAGUCUGUACUCUGGUACCAGUGAUAGUCAAACAUGGCUUUUUUUCCCCAUUUUGGUGCAUUUUGCGCUGAAAUGCUCUGAGAAUGAUGGCCUGCAUGUUGUUCUGCUGUCUUGGUUGUUAUUUCAACACAUGUAGUAACACUGCAGUCGUGCCAUACAUUAUGUCUUUAGUGUGGCCAGUAAUAUAAAAGUUUGUGAUCGAAGCAGGUCAUAUCUAUGACAUAGUGUCAUACUAUAAUGUCAUUAACCCUCUGGUGGAUACUAUUACACCCUGCUUCAGGAAUUUUACAUAGAAUAUAUUUACAGUCCAAAGUAACAUCAGAUAUCUUUUUAAAAACUUUUACAGAACUGUCCCCAUGUCUUACAAUGUUACAGUUAUAAACACGAGGCUAAAACAUGGCUAGAUUGUGGCUUUCAUCACUGUUGUAUGUAAUGAACACUCAGCUACAGUCGCUGGUAGCAUCUUCAUGGUAGCACGAGAAUUCAGCUGCAUAAGUCACCAAAAAUCUCCUGAUAACCUUGUAAAACAUGUCCACCAUGUAAACAUGAAAACAAGCUGUUUCCCAAGAUAUGCCAGGGAUUGCCGAUGAG